UAGCUCAAUAAUCCCCUUAUCCUCAUUUUUCCAAUGCAACACCUAGAGAACUGUCUAUAUAAGAUCUUUGUAAUCUGCAACUAUUCUCAUUCAAAUUAUACUAACACUUCAUAUUUUGCACCCAAACCAUGGAGUCCAAGCCCCUUCCUCUCUCAUCCAAUGCCCAAGAAUUCCACCUCCCAGAGCCAUUGACAGGUAAAGUCUGGAAGUUGGAUGAUUUUCAAGGCCACCCGGCACUUCUGGUUAUGUUUAUCUGUAACCACUGUCCUUUUGUCAUACACUUGAAGAAAGAGAUUUUCAAACUUACAAACGACUACAUGCCUAAGGGGCUCGGUGUUGUGGCAAUAUCUUCUAAUUAUACUGUCACUCACCCUCAGGAUGGUCCAGAUUUUAUGGCUGAAGAAGCCAAGAAAUUCGGCUAUCAGUUUCCAUAUCUUUAUGAUGAGACCCAAGAAGUUGCGCGGGCGUAUGGAGCUGUUUGCACUCCUGAAUUUUUCCUCUUCAAAAAGGAUGGAAACCAACCAUUUGAGCUUGCUUACCAUGGAAGGUUUGAUGAAUCACGACCCAGAAAUGACAAACCUGUUACAGGAAGUGACUUAAGGCAAGCAAUAGACUGUGUCUUGAGUGGUCAACCAGUGAACGCUGCUCAAAAACCAAGUAUUGGUUGCAGCAUUAAGUGGCACCCCAGUCAAAAUGCAUAAUUACUCUCUAUGGAAUGAGAGUAAUACCAACUUAUAUUACUACUCUUUUAUGGGAUUUAUUUGAUUAAGAGAGAUAAUUUAUGGGUUUUUUGAACUGUUCAUUACAGUCCUUUGUGUGUUGCCACUGUCAAGUGGUAAGAGAUGCUCGGAGUUAAAAAAGAGACUAUAAUCCAUUUAUGAGACAUUACUAA